AUGAAAUCCUGCAUCGUGAAGCUCCGCGUCAGCUUGGUACCUGGCAGGGUACGCGUCCCUGUCGUCAAGACAGUGUGUGUCGACGACAGCGACACGGACUCGGAAGUCGAGUUCAUGCCAGAGAAACUGGCCGAAAAGAUCAAGAAGAGGAUGGAGAAAGCAUCCGCUCCCGCCGCCGGCAAGAAGAGGAAGCGCACGGCGACAGUAGACGAGGCUCCCGCGCCCAAGAAGAAGAAGCCCGCCACUACCACCACCACCACUACCACUCCCACCACCAUCACGCAGCCAGCACUGAACCGCAAAGGAAGAAUUGUAGACACCAACAACGCCUCCGACGCUGUCCUCAUCGCCGCUUCUUUAAAAGCUAGCGACGAUAUCUACAUGAGCGACGAUGAGCCCGCCACCACCACCGACGAAUCAUCUCUCUACAAGAACGUCGUCUGGGGUCCCGAGGCUACCAACAUCAACUACCCGGGCUCUACCUUCCCCAAAAGCCCCCAAUUCAGUCAAUUCGUCCCUGGCCGUUGGGAGCGCAUGCCUGAUAGCACCCUCUCAGACCAGAAGUCCAAGCUCGUCGUCAAGCUCACCGACAAGAACGGUAGAAAGCGCAUCUUCAAAAACCCUCCCCCCAAAGACUGGAACAACCAGGACGCCAUCACAGCCCUCAACAAGCGCACCGUUCAACAAAUCCGCCGCAACACGGAAGUCCGCUUCCGCGAAGUUGUCAAGGCAUACAUUCCCGAAGAGCGCCGCUGGAUUCUGAAUAAUCUCUCCGCCGGCAAGCCUCAGAAAGGCUGGAAGACAUUUGUUAAAGACUUCAAUACCCAGUUCGAAGGUCAAACGAUUCCUGGUGCUGACGGUCCUCGCCCCAAGCGCACCCACUCCUCUCUCACAAAGGAAGUCGAACGCUUUGGCUCUGAUUUCUACUGCAAGGGCAAGAUCCCCACUGCUGGCUCUGGAAAAAAUUCUAAGAGCAAGGCCAAAUAG